CUUCUUUUUUUCCGAGUUAAAGAACUCCAAACAGGAAAACGCUAUUCUUGUAAACAGCUACGUAGAGUUCUCUAAGAGAAGUUGUUUAAAGUCGGUUGGCACUCGACCGAGAUUUACAGAGCUUCUCUGCCUACUUCGAAGAGGUUUAUAAGUGAAGCUUUCCAGUCCCAAUUAAGAAAGGAAUAGCUGUGAUCUAGUAUGGAUCAGACGCGGCUUAAUCUUGAUAACCUCAUUAACGGCUAUGAGGACGAAGAAAUAAACCCAUUAAAUGCUUUGCUUAAUUCUGAGCUAAGUCACAACAACCCAAUAACAAUGACUACGCCAAAUAGCGUCCCCCUUACCACACCCGCUGUAACUACCAAUAAUUUGAACCCCUCCACCACUCACGGUCACAAGCGAACAAGAACCAGUGGCAGUCCAAUACAUAACCCUGUGUUCUCCGGAUUGGAUGUUACUGCGCAUGAUCAAAAUGCCGCCAAGAGGACAAGAAGCGAUAACCAGCGCAUGAUGCCGUUUGUCCCACAUGGUAGCUCAAAUCACAGCUCUAUACCGAAAUCCUCUUCUUCGAUGAUUUCCUCUGGGCAAUUCGUUCUCAGUAAUGAUUUCCCACAAGGUACUGCUAGGAAUAAUGCCCUCAUAUUCUCUACACAACUUGGCCUUGCGCCAUCAAUGACAAGAGAGCAAGGACCCGAAAGCGAGAGUAUGCAACCCGACCUUGCUAAUCAAUUCGGUGGAAGUGCAUUUCAAUACGAMAUAGAGCAUUUGGAUCUAAUGCACAAUCUUCCACUAACAGUAGCUACCACAGGAACUCCAUCGGUGAGCAGUUUGUUGCUGGGUACUUACCAAACAUCAAAAGGUAACGAAAUGAGACUACMGGGGGGCCAAGAGUUGAGACCAAAGGGAAACCUUGACCUCAGUCCACAGAGAACGCCAUGUAUUAGACCACAGGGAACCCAACCGACAAGACCACAGGGAAACUUUGGSYACAGUCCACAAAAGCAAGACGUUAGACCACAGGRAACCCAARAUGUGAGACCACAAGAAACMAAGGAGCAGAGUCYACAGGGUAUCUACGAUCUAAGACAGGAUACCCAMGACUUUGUUUUUGAAGAUUUAAACUUAAACGAUACAACUUCACCGAUGAGAAAGCAAAAUUCYGGACCGGAUCUUUUACAAGUAGGUAUUCAUUGGGAUUCUGGGAUUGAUCCCACAAAGGCACAGGGAGCCCAUGUUAUCCCCCACAUUGUGUAUGAGGGUGACUCGCCAUCGUCUUCUCGAGAGAUCGAUGCUGUAUCCCCUUUAAGUACCGCUAGUACAGGAUAUAGCUCAUACCGUGGACCACGAUCGCCUAAAAUUCAGCAUAUUACUCGGGCUUCUUCGCCAAACGCAUCAUGUGAAGUGUUGAAUCCAAGACGAGAAUAUAACAAAAAUCAAAAAAAGUUUCUUCAAGGACCGCGUCGCUCGGAGCAAAGAGUGCAGUGUGGUGUGGUCCAUCUUAAAAUAAUGACCAAAAUCCCUCUCAGCGAUUCUCCGGUUGAAAUUUACGUUAAGCGAGAUCCGAAGGCAGCCCAAAAGUUGUGCCAUGAACACCCUGAUGAGUACACCAUGGAUGAAACCAGAAUCCGUGAAGUACGCCUAUUUACAAACGAGAAAACUACUGACGCGAACUAUUCCUUUUGUUAUCGUUGUGAACUCGACCUUGAUUCGGUGUACCUGACAGACGAUGGCAAGAAGGAAGUCUAUAAGCUUGUCAAGUCGAAAGGCGCAAUCAACAACCUCUUUCAGAUUUCGAUAACACUUUCGUUCAACAAUGGAUUUAAAGAAAGACUCAUGCCUUAUGAGUUUGUAUUGAAGAGUGGUCGUACCCCCGCACAAGAUAUCAACGUCGACAACGGACUUGGAAUUAGAGAAGCAAUUGGUCCUAAAUCCCAUGUUAGCUGCAGACACCUCCAAGCCGAAACAGCCAAGAUCACUAACAUACACUGUGAGUACAUCCAAACCGAUAAUCAUGACAUAGCAUACUUCAUGAAAGUUCGAUGCCAAGACGAUGAAAUACCGACUGGUUUAGAAAGAGGUGACGUCGUGGCUUUCCUAGAAGACAACGAGGGAGAUACAUACAUUGAUUUCCUGACUACAGAAAACGUCAAAUAUGCUCGUCUCGCUGGUGUCAUAAGUAGGACCGCGUUUUUCAGAGGGCGGAAGGCGAUUUGUGAUCCUGAUCACGUGGAUUCAGAUCUAGUUUGCAUCAUUGGUGAAGUUGACGUUAAAGUCCAUGGCAAAGUGCAUGCCGGGGAUUUAAUCUACACCUCAGACUGCAUACUACGACGCGGAACAGCAGUUGCCAGAAAUCCAAGGGAUCCCGAGAUUCAAUUUGAUGAUCCCGACAGCCCAAGGCCAACACUACUCGGUAUGGCUAUGGAGAGCUAUGAUGACGUUGAUAUAAAACUUGUGCGUUGCCUCGUCUCUAUAGUCUUGGGAAUCAGCGAUUUGCACCAGCGGCAAACGUUGGACGAACUCCGAAAGUGCCGCGACAAAAUCCUUAAAGUACAAAAAUAUCUCAAAGGUGUCUGGAAGAAGUUUCUUCUUCUCCUGUUAUUCUUGCUGAUCGUAGGGACACUUUGUUAUGUAUUCCUAGCACCAAAAUCACCAUAUCUCAUUAUGAAGUGCGAAGAAGGUUGUGUGAAAAGAGGAGACUCUUGUCUGUACUUGAAUAUUGAAUAUUUUCCUCCCGAAUCACAGGAAGUUGACGAAAUAGUUGGAAUCUACUUCAAGUGGAAGAAGAUUAAGAAAAAACUGAAACUCAACUUCUCGAAAUUUACCAACAGAACAGAUUUAUAUUACUAUCUAAACAAGAGCCGCUGUGUGACGGGGAAUAUACGGGCUAUUUCAUCGUGGUUGGAUACAACACCCCAAGUCCCUCGAGUCAACGUAUUGGCCGUGAAUAAAGACUGCAAUGAUGUUUACUACUAUAGUGUUAGGGGUGGGUGGGUGGCAUAUGACAGGAAUCAUUUUCAUAUAAAGAAUUGUGAACAUUAAAUAGGUGUUAUGCACCUAUAAUUGGUUUGCCGAUGAUGRGGGGAGGGGCGGCCCCCCCACGGGAAUUUGUCUUCCUUUUGGCAUCGAUAACGAUUCCCUCUARACAGGAAUUUUGUCUCAGAUGCGCGUUAAUUUGCAAGUUUUUGUAAUCCCAAGGAAUGGAAUUUGACAGAUAUCAAUGGGGUUGACCGCUUCCCCCAAAUCCUAGGGCAAACUCUUGCAAUAAUGCAAGAAAAAUGGAAUGUCGAGAAUUCAAAAGCACACAUUAAUACAUAGAAUGGUACCAAAACAUUACUUUCUCUAAUAAUUCUGUAUUUGUGUAGUCUUUAGUGAUCCGUAUAAUAUUUAUACUGAAUGUAUAUUACUUGCAAUAAGUAGAAAAGUAGAUUGUGUUAGUUGAUACAGAAAAACAUCUUUUUAACAAAUUGAAGAUAAUUUGCUAUACUGUAAUCCUUUAAAUGUAAAGAUUUAUUUGAAAAAAAUAUAUAAACAACUUGGCAAUAAAUAUAAUUUAAGUUCA